AUGUUGAAGAAGCCUGAUGGAACUAUUCUCACUGAAAACAUCCAGAUCAGUAGUUUUGUUACAGAUUUUUAUGAAGAGUUUCAUAAGCGAGGUCCCUCUGUUGCGUGCCUUGGGGUUUUAUCGGCCAUCCCCCCUGUGAUUUCAGAAGAAGACAAUAUUUUCCUUACUGCUAUCCCUAGCAGGGAGGAGAUAAAGGCUGUAGUUUUUUAUUUGGAUCCUGAUAGUGCCCCUGGGCCUAAUGGUUUCCCUAGGGCUUUUUUCAAACAUUGUUGGAAGAUCAUCGAGAGAGAUGUGUGUAGGGCUAUUAUGAGUUUUUUUCGUGAGGGCAUUAUCACGAAGGGAGUAAAUAAUAAUUUCAUCACCUUAAUCCCUAAAGUGGAUGAACCUGUUACCCUAGACAAGUUUCGUCCUAUCUGCCUGGGGAAUUUUCUGUAUAAGUUGAUCCCAAAAAUUUUAGCCACCAGAUUAUCGGGGUUCCUGCCUAAGCUGAUUUCUGACGAGCAAGGGGCGUUCCAGAAGGGGAAGGUGAUUUUUUCCAAUAUUUGUGCGGCGUCUGAGCUAAAAAAUAUGAUGCAUGUAAAGUCUUACGGAGGAGGGAUGGGUCUCAAACUGGACAUCCAAAAAGCUUAUGACACAAUGGAGUGGGAAUUUAUGUUUGAUGUUAUGAGAAAGUUUGGGUUUUGUGUCUCAUGGGUAAAUAUGAUCCAUCAGCUCCUUUCUUCGGCCAAGCUCUCAAUUUUGUUGAAUGGAGGGCCGGUGGGUUUCUUUGGGGUUGAGAGGGGACUUAGGCAAGGAGAUCCGUUGGCACCUCUGCUAUUUAUUAUAGCGGAAGAAGCAUUAUGCAGGGGAUUCACAAAGUUAAAGGAAGAAAGGAAAAUUUCCCCACUCCCAGGUCCACGAGGGGUAGUGGUUCCCACCCACUUACUAUUUGCUGAUGAUGUUUUCCUGUUUGUUAAAGCAGGUACCCGCUCUGUUCGAAGCCUAAAGAAAUUUUUGGAAGAAUAUCAUGAGUACUCGGGGCAGUGUAUAAACAUUCAUAAGAGCAAAAUGUUCUUGUGCAAUGUAAGUGCUAUUAGGAGGGGGAAGAUUAAGGACAUUGUUGGUUUUCCGAAGAGCAGUUUCCCUACCAGAUAUCUAGGGAUUGAAAUUUUUAAAGGAAGGGUCAAGAAGGACGCUAUCUCGACGUUGAUGGAUAAAUUCAAAGCUAGAUUGGCGGGAUGGAAAGGAAAACUUAUUUCUAUGGCAGGGAGAGUCCAACUAGUCAAGUCUGUGCCGUCUAGCAUGCCAAUCCAUACCUUCUCAGUCUAUUGGUGGCCUACUUCUUUAAUUACUUUAAUGGAAAGAUGGAUGAGGAAUUUUAUUUGGUGCGGAGACUCAGAUGUUUCUAAAGGAAUUACAGUGAGAUGGGAGUGGGUAUGCAAGCCUUAUGAAGAAGGUGGCCUGGGAAUCAAGAAAUUAAGGGAGGUUAAUAAGGCUCUGCUUUGUAAGCUCUGUUGGGCCAUUAAGGUUGAGCAGUCCCUUAUUAGUAAUUUCCUUCGAGCAAGAUUUACUUCUAAGGAACAUCCUGAGCUACAGGGGUGGGAGAAUUGGUUAAAAGCCUUUCACUCACCACUGGCUAGUUUCAUCUCAAAUUCAAAGUGGAAUUUCCUAGUGGUAGACUCCCCGGUGCUCCAACAGAUCAUAAACCUAGCCUCUUCCAUUCCGUUUCCUACAAUCUUGGAGGAGGACACAAGAGUCUGGACCUUAACAAAGCAAGGGGAUUUCACUGUCAAAUUAACGUGGGAAGGUCUUAGAAGAUCUGAAAACCAGAUUGCUUGGCAUGAAGUGGUAUGGGCUUCUUACCUACAACCCCGACAUUCAAUGCUUGGUUGGCGGCUGAUGCAGCAAAAGCUGCCAACUGAUGAAACGGGGUUCCUAUGUUUGUUUCAAAGAACAUGGCUAGCAAAGGAAUCCAUGCAUGAGUUUAUCGUUUGGUGGAAGGAGAAAGCUGGUUCUAGCGCUAUACCCAAGGAUAGAAGGAUCAGGGAAGUACAGUGGAGAAAGCCUGAUGAACAUUGGAUGAAGUUAAACAUUGAUGGUUACUCUAUAGGGAAUCCAGGGAAUUCAAGUGCAGUAGGGAUCCUACGAAACUACGAAGGAGAACCAAAAGGAAGCUUUGCUCAAUUCCUAGGGGUGUCUACAAAUUUUAUUGCUGAAAUUUUGACUUUCUUUCUUGGAGUUAAAAUGGCCAAGGAGAAAGGCAUUCAGAGGCUGUGGAUUGAGAGUGAUGCACAAGCGGUGGUUACAUCCAUAAGAAGCAGUAAAAUACUGUGGUUGUUCAAACAAUCAUGGCUGGAGGUUGCUGGAUACCUAAAGGAUAUAAGGUGGACAAUAACACAUAGUUACAAAGAAGCAAAUGCUGUUGCAGAUAUUCUAGUAAAAAGGAGAUGGCCUAUCAAGCCCGGUGAAGUAGCUCUGUACGAGAUCGCCUUCAAGUAUGGCUUCAGAUUUCCUAAUGGGUCGGGCCGCGAGCGUGAAUCUCUUCUCUCAGCUUUGGUAUUUGAAGAGGCUCGGUUGAAGGUCGAGCUCGCAGAGGAGAGGAAGAAGAAGGCGGCCAAGAAGGCCAAGGCAAAGGCUACCUCCAAGGCCAGAAAGGGCAAGGCGUUGGCCGUGCCAAGCCCUAUGGACACCAUAGUCGACCUUGAAGCUGAGAAGAAUAAGGGCGAUCUGAGCCCAUCGAAGAAGGAGCUGAAGAGGAAAGAAAAGGAAGAUUUGAGCCCACCGAAGAAAGACAAACGCCCCAAGCUGUCCUUCAACGUUAAGGGCACCAAUCCCCCGGGGGUGUCCUCGGGUUCGGGCAUGGCCGGCUUGGUCCUGGGGAGGGCCUCCUCUAGCAACCUUCUGAUCCGACCUGUGUGGCAUCUCUUUCAGGGAGACUUAGCUCUGACCUCGUCCGCUCAUGCUCGGGAGUGGCUUGAUGCCGGCUAUCUUCCCAUCGACAAGGCUAUGCUUUCGGACCUGAGCGACACCGAGAUCUUUUCCAUGCUAUUUCAAGACAUGGCUAUGGGUUUCUCUAAGGCUGUUGAGGCUGCUCUUUGGCUCGAGUCGGUGGUCUAG